GCCUUGGCGAUUUAGGCGACAACUAAAGGACACCCUAGAAGACGAAUCAGAAAUAGGCAGGAAGUUUUCUAAUCUGCUUACUGAUAUUUUGCCGCAUUUUACAUCAUCAUGUCGGAUCCCCAAGCACGGUUACAGGCGCUGUCUGAAGACUUCCAGAAGCUUCAAGGCGAACUUCAGAACGCUGUGGCGUCGCGACAGAAGUUGGAGGGUCAGAAGCAGGAGAAUCUCGGUGUGCAGCAGGAAUUUGAGCGACUACAAGAGGGAGAGACAAUCUACAAGCUCGCUGGGCCAGUGCUGCUGAAGCAAGACAAAUUUGAGGCUGAGAACACAGUCAAGGGCCGUCUAGACUUUAUUAGUAGUGAAAUUACACGACUAGAAGACACAAUCAAGGAGACGCAAGAGAAGCUGGAGAAGAAAAAGACAGAGAUCAUUCAGAUCCAGACUGCAGCUCAAAGCCAGGGCAAGGAAGCACCUCAGUAAUGACGAGAGAGGAAAGAAAAAUAGACCAUGAGUUGAGUUAUAUUCUACAGUACGCGGAUUAUUAUAAUGCAAAUACCUGGCACUUUAUGAGCGCCGCGCUAAUCGGAGAGUCCCUUAAAAAACGCCAGUCGUCAAGUUUGAAAGUUCGUGAUGUGGUUUAGUUGAUCGCCAUGAUGCUGAAGCCCCAGGGAAUGCCCAUGUUCUUGUGGUCUUGGGCUGCGCUGGGGGAGAACAUAAAAUCUUGCUUGUCAUCUGCAGCAACGGGCUGAGGUGUCGCAGCGUCUUCGUCUGCGUCGAUAGCAGAGAGGAUAGCUUCAGCAACGUCGCUCUUACGAGAACAAUUCUCAAAGACAGCAUCACCCUCAAUGAGACUCUGCAUCAAUGGGCGCUGGUCACUCUCCGUGAAGAGCUGCACCUCACGGUUAAGAACGCCAUAAGUGACCUUCUCACCGGUCUGAGCCAAGCGCUGGAAGAUCACGGCGAAGGCAGCGAUGGCUUGUGCGAGGAUACGGGCUUUUUGCUUGGAGCUCAGGUGGGCAAAGAUCUCGGAGUCUUCUUCGAGGGCGGAUUGGGUGUUUGUGUCGAAAAUGGAUUGGAGGAUGCGGUGCAGGAUGUUGCGGCAUGUUAGGUCGAGAUCGGCGCUGACGUCGAGCUCGAAGACUGAGGAGAUGCUGCGGAGAAUGCUGGAGAGGGCGUCGAGAGGGCAGAGGUCUUUGGGGAGGCUGACGUGCCCUUGAUCAAUUGUGAAGAUGUCAAUUGCGGCGUUGACAGCGGCUGAGGAUGUUAGUCAAGGUUUUGAGAGGUAGUGAGGGUGGUUUACUUUUUCGGGUGGUGUCGAUGUCGAUCUCGACGCUUGAGACAAUAGAGUUGUUCUUGAUGGCUUCCAUUUUGAUGUAAGUGAGUGAGUGAGUGAGUGAUGUGAGAAG